GCGUAAAGGCGACAAGUGCAUUUCAACUGAAACAAACAAUAGCGAUAAGAGCUAGCGAUGGCCACGGAAACCAUUUCAUCUGCACCGUCGAAUCCCACCGCAAUGGACCAAGAUCAUCACCAGCCCCGUGCGGACGACACGUGCCAGGAAAAGUUUCACAAGGUGCUGAAUGCGUUUCUCAACCGCAGCUUCAAGAUUAACAACGAUGUGUAUCUGGAAAUGAUUAUCAGCCACCUGUCCGGCAAGUAUUGUGAAGAUCAUCGGAAGCUGGUGAAAUCUUCGGAAGUGUUUCAAUGGUUAGAAACCAUGCUGAAACAGUGGGAAAGUGAUCGUCCUCCUUCGACGGACAUUGCCGCCUUCACGCUACAGCUGCUGGCAAUGAUUGUGGAGAAUGAGUGGGAUUUUUCGCGUAUCCAAAACGGAAGCCGUAUGUUGGACCGUUUCCAGGAGUGUAUUCAGCGCAAUGGAAAGAUGCAAAAUCCUUCCAUCAAGCUGGGCCAUGUGCUGGUGCUGAAAGCAAUCUCGCGCCACGCAAUGGGCAUGGCUUGGAUUAAGCAGUCCGGUUCAUGGCGCAUCUGUCUCGAUUACUAUAAUGGCUAUCAAACAAUCUACAUAACGCGCGAAACAUCGCUCUUCAUCUACGAAGUGCUGGAGCGGUUCUGUGCGAUGGGUGAUUAUGAGGAGGUAAAGGAGAUCGUACGCACGAUACUGUCGCCGUUGAUCGAUUGUGUUUGGAAAAGUCCCGAGCAGGAUGAUGCCGUGCUGGUGAACGAUUACAACUCGCAGAAGAUUAUUUCUCCACUGCUGAAUCUGAUGCAAACGUUGUUUCGCAAAAUUAUCGAAUCGAAACAACGCACCCGGGUGGCGUACUUCAUUCUCUACACCUACAAGUUCGAGCGAAAUCUCUGGAAGUUUACCGACACCAUGCAUGACCAUACGUACCUGGCGAAAAUCUGGCAAACGCACAUUUUCGCCAACUGUGCCCGGCUGUGCACAAUGGAAAUACCGCCAGGAGAUACGCUGGCCGUUGAUCUGACCUUCGAUCGGUACACUAUCAACUUUCUAAACUACGUAAACUUUUCCAUCCGGCGUGGUAACGUACAAAAUGUGAUGUUGAUGGCGGAAACUCAUCACUCGCUGUGGCGUAUUCUGGGCGAUCGUGCCCCGGAAGAGGUUGUGCUUAAGAAUCAAAGCAUACGAUUCGGCGAUCAAAUACUACUGCUGCAGCUCUUUCCCGUUGUGUACGAAAUGCAAUGCUUUGCGACGAAAGAUUUGCCGGAUUAUAUUGAAAAGUUUUGUACCCAGCUGUACGACAUCGCUUGCGAGUUUACCAUCCGGUUAAUUUACGCCUGUCGGGACAUUUUCCAGGCGUACAAUCUGAACGUCACCGAGCUGGCCUGUAAAUCGAUUCAGGGCAUUGUGACCACCCACAAGCUACCGCGUCCGCGGGCUGUUAUCGCGUUUCAAGCGUUCGUGUAUUUGCUGAAGGAGUUCCUACCCGACAUGUGCUGCUCGGUCGAGGGAGAAAAGGGUGCGUUUGGUAAGGCGGAUCUUAUGCUAAGCAAACCGAACCUGCUGUCGGCGAUAAUUAAUGGGCUGAUGUCGUUGAUCGAGAAUUUCAAAAUUACCUGGAAGGAGUGCAUCGAAUCGACGGCGAUCGUGAACUUUAUGCUGAACCUGCUGGCCAACCCGAACCUUCCGCCAAGGCUCGUCGUAUUGGCGCUCAAGCUUACGCAAACCUCCAUCGAACACUUUCUGGCACCGAAUCUUGCUCUGCUGAUGGAUAACAUAUCUGGCUCGGGCUUAGAGUAUGUGGGUCACAUAAUAUACAAACGUUUGCACGAUCUCAGCUGGGAGUCGCGAGAUUCGGCCCUUGAGCUGCUUGCAUCGAUCGUCAGCAUUUCGGAAAUCAAAUUUCCCGCUUUUCAAAAGCACAUUCUCGAUUGUGAUAUCAUCCCGGUGGUGGAAGCUGCGGCCAAGAACGAUACCGAAGCGUAUGUGCGUGCGUCGGCCCUCCGCUGUUUGACGCUCAUGGUCAAGAUUCGUUUACUGUGGGAUCAUUCUUUAUCGCGGCUGUCCUUAAUGAAUCACCUAAUUGAGGUCAUCGACAGUGAAAGUGAAGGCGUGGUACGCCGUGAAGCAGUGAACACGGUGAAAGAAAUCUACGCAAAUCAUAAAAUACAACCCGCGUGUUUGGAUAGCGUAUUUUCCGUUCUAUCGCACGCUGCCUCGAACGAUCUGUACUGGGAGGUGAAGAUCAAUGCGCUCCAAUUUUGGCGCCUUGUCAUGUGUCGUCAGUUUCAACAUCAGGGAAUGAUCGACGGCACCUUCCCGGCGGUAACGUUCUCGAAAGAGCACAAGAAAAUCGUUACCCUUAACGAUCGGGAGAUUCAAACACGCCUCAUGAAGGUACUUAAUGAGCUGUCACUGCGCGGUUGCCUAGGGGUGCUGCUUGCCUGCCUUGAAGACGAUUGUGAUUUGGGCGUGGUGAAAGAAACGAUCGCAAUCAUCAAUAAGCUGAUGUCAUACUUGAACAAGUACAACUUUCUCGACUACUAUCACGACCUCGCGUCUAAAUCGCAAGGAGACACUUCAACAACAUCCGCGUCAAGCUCCGAAAUGGCACCAGGUUUAGCGACCAACGCUGCAGGCCAGCAAGCUCCAUCCACAUCCGGAAGGCUAUCUGUAAUCGAUACAAACUACUCGGAAGUAAAACCGCCGGAGCGAUCUUCUAUGGAAGCGGGUGUACUGCACUCGCAAAAUCCGACCCAUCAAGCGUCUGAUCUGGGUACGGCAACUUCCAAGCAGGGCAGCACUAUAGCUGGACCUCCGAGACAACAGCGACGAAAUGAUGCCGAUUACAACAGUGGUAACGUAGCGUGCAGUACGGCCAAUGCGGAUGAAAUCAUUGAUUCGAUCGUGAACCUUAACGAUAUGAAUCUACUAUCGGUAACGUACAAUCCGCACAUGACGUCCGUAGCGACCGCGUACGGGCGUCAAACGGGUGACGACUGUGGAUGCGAUGAGUCUCUCCGGCAUGCCGAUUUAUUCCGUCAGUUUGCUUCCGUCAGUGCGGAAGAGUUUUUGAGUCGCGUGCAAACACUCGAUCUAUCCGCGAUCGUUGCCAGCCGACAGCGAUGGUUGGAGAAUACCGAAAGCUUUGGCUCGCUGUUGGACGACGUAUUGUUUUCGUAUUAUGCGGCUGAAGUGAAUGAUGCGGAUUGUUAUUAAGG